AUGCCUGAAAAGCCUGUUAAAGAAUUUCUCCCGGAGCCUCCAACAUUUGAAAGUGCUAUCGCCUUUGAUGAACGCUUGGCCGGAGACACUACAAUAAUCUGUCCUUCGUUUGUCCACCUACUGAUCUACUCUUUUUCACAUUCACACUCUUUCUCGUCCUCACACUCAUCCUCUCACUUGUCCCCUAAUUCAUUCUUUUUCUUGUCCUCUCACUCAUUAUCUUUCCCUUCCUCACUCAUUCUCUUACUUCCAUCUUUUUUUCUGUUUCUCACACUCAUCUCCGUUCUUUUCGUGACAGUCAUCCUCUUCUCGUUCCCCCAUCCUCUUUCUCACCCUAACACUCAUUCUCAUCAUCGUUCUCUCACUAUCACCAUUCACGUCCUCUCACUCAUUCUCUUCCUCAUCCUCAUACUCAUCAUCAUUCUCGUCCUCACACUCAUCCUCUUUCUCACCCUCUCACUAAUUCUCUUUCUCACUCAUCCUCUCACUCAUCCUCUUUGCCAUCAUAGCACCCAUCCUCUUUCUCGUCCUCAUACUGAUCCUCAUCACGUCUUAAAACUCAUCCUCUUUCUUUUUUCUAACACUCAUCCUAUCUCUCGUCCUCUCACUCCUUCUCUUUCCCGUUUUCGCAUUUAUCCUCUUUCUCGUCUUCUCCUACAUCCUCAUUCUCGUACUCACUCUCAUCCUCAUUUUCAUCCUCAUUUCGUCCUCACGCUCAUCUUCUUUCUCGUCCUCUCACUCACCCUCUUUCUCGUCCUCUCACUCAUCCUCUUUCUCGUCCUCUCACUCACCCUCUUUCUCGUCCUCUCACUCAUCCUCUUUCUCGUCCUCUCACUCACCCUCUUUCACGUCCUCACGCUCAUCUUCUUUCUCGUCCUCUCACUCACCCUCUUUCUCGUCCUCUCACUCAUCCUCUUUCUCGUCCUCUCACUCACCCUCUUUCUCGCCCUCUUCCUCCCCCCAUCUCUUUUCCCAUCCAUUUUCUUACCUUCUUACUUGGCAGAUUUACUCUACUUCGAUCUUACCGGGAUCUUUGUAUCUCCAAAGCUAAUACAUGAAUGA